AUGCGUGUGUUCUGGCCUAAGAGUAUACAAGUAGAGACCGGGGUGGUGAUAGGAUGGAAGACCCCCGAUGCACUACUCUGCGUCAUCACCAUUGUCUCAGUGGUCCCACAAAGGGUGGUAGAUCAUCUUCCCACCAUAUCUCACAAACCUGAAGUUUUAGGUGAAGUGUUGAAUGACUCCGAAGCAGAUGAAGAUGAGACGAACGACAACUUCAAGAGUUCAGGACCACCCACUAAAAAUGAUUAUAAAUCUGGUGGAAGGUUGAAGAUGAGGAUAGGUAAAGAUGGGCGGAUCUCAACAAGUGAACCAAUCAUAGUAGAAAUGAUCUGCUUUACCCCUCCUGAUCCUACUCGUCUUCGAUACCUUUCCCUUCGACCUCGAGGUAUGUCAAAUGGUAGAGGUGCUUCCGUGGACUUCUAUGGAGGGUCUAUUGCGAAAACGGUCCUCACGAAAGUGGAGAGGGAAGAGCAGCUUUGUAGGAUGGAGAUGGAGAAACAAGAUGAAUAUGGUGUCGCUUCUCUUUCUUCAGGAGGGAUUGAGAACAUCAUACCUUUGUUGAAUCGAACGUUUCUCGCUCAGAAAGAGAUCCAAGCUUUGGACCAUAAUCGACCAUCAGGGAAACCCUCCCGAUUCCUCACUUUUGGCAUGGAGUUACUUAGACCGGUACGAUUGUCUAUGUUACCUUUACGCAUAUUGGCAGGGUGGUUCGUCUUUCUGUCCGAGAGUAAUAUGCUGGGAAGGAAGUCCGGUUCGUUACGACAACAUAGUGCUACUGUUGAACAGAUUUGUUUAAGAUUGGGACAACAAUCAUCUGCUUCUGAGAAGUUCAAACAGGCUAUGAAGACUGACGUAGAUGUGGGAGUGCGAAGUAGGGAUUACAUCGUGUAUGGUUCCCUUCCCGACAUGUUUCGGUUUCCGCUAACAGGAAAGAUUUUGGAAUAUGAUUUGGCUUAUUCUAAACGACUUAAUUCUCGGAUAUACACUUCGCAAUAUGUUACUCCUCUCCAAACCAGUUCUCAUAACCGCUAUCCCCGCUCUCUUCCAAACGAUUGGCCUGUCGGUCUCAAAUUAAACACUCCUCUGAGUAACUUUUUCUGUUCCACCUUCACUUCAUUCAUCAGUCAAUGGGGAAAUUUCCUCACACCUUUAUUAAUCGAAUAUACCGAGAAAACUGUGGAUAUCUUAUCUUUAGGUUCUUUAGGAGGAUUAACAAUAUCAUCAUGUAUGAUAUCGGAUUUACUCAAAUUGUUGUUCGUUCAUAUGGAAGGAUGUUAUUGGUUCAUGUCUAAAUUAUGUGGAUGGCAAAUUGAAUCUUUAUCAGGUUUAUGGAAUUUAUUCAGAGGAAAACGUUGGAACGUACUUCGACAAAGAACCGAUUCUUACGCUUAUGAUAUCGAUCAACUGUUCCUUGGUUCUAUGUUGUUUACGGUAUCGGCUUUUUUAUUUCCUACUGUUCUCACUUACUCUGCAUUGUUUUUCACCAUUCACCUGAGUUUGGUCGUCAUACAAAAAGGGUUGAGUAUGGCGGUAUUGGCGUUGAAUGCGUUCCCUUUAUUCGAAGUCAUGCUCAGUUUCAAAGAACCCAGUCGAUUACCUGGAGGUAUCACAUUCGCCCUUCGACGACCAGUACCAUCUCGGCGCUCUGAGGGAUUAAUUCUGCCUCAUCUUGAACUGAAGAACGCUCCUAGAUCUCUCAAAGAUAUCAUCUUCCGUGCAAGCUAA